UCCAUCCGUCGCGACAUCUUCAGUCAAUCGCCGCAACCAUUCUUCUAAGCCACUUACAUAAACCUUACCUGGAUCGAAAUAAAUACCCUCUACGACCCAUCGAACUGACAGUUCCGAACCAAUUCUAUCACUAUCGCACACAUUCCACACAUUCCCGACAAAAUGAAGCUCUUCGCAUACAUCAUCGCUGCCUUGACGCUCGUCUCAACCGGCCUGGCAGUUGAGGUCAAGAAGCAAGUCAUCAUCACAUACCCAUCCGAAACCCCAGACUCUGUUGUGCAGAACGCAAAGGACAAGAUCACAGAGUCGGGCGGCGUCAUCACUCAUUCCUACGACCUAAUCAAGGGCUUCGCUGCGACCGUCGGCGAGGCGAUGUUGGAGACCGUGUCGACGUUGGACGACCAAUACAAGGCCGUCGUUGAGGAGGAACAGAUUUUGUCGAUUUCUGGUGAUUCCUGAGCAAGGGGAGCAUUAUCAUUGGAACAGUACAGAGACACAUAGACACUGGAUGGUGUUCUUGACACACGACAUGUCUUUGCUCGAGCAUGACGACACAAUCCCUCGAGCGACACUGAAGAGAUGAACGGACUAGCCCUUUGGAAGAAGCAUUGUUGUUAUGAGAAACAGAACAUAUGGGUUGAUUUGGCGUUUUCGGGAGCUGGCACAAAAUCACGUAGUGUUGAGGCGUCAUCCGCUUAGCUCGAUUGAUAUCGAGGACAAUAGAGGCUGGCGCUCUUGGCACUUUCUUUUUAGAUUCGAGCGGUAGUAAGUAUUCGGGACACGGCUCUUCUUCUGCCUUUGCUAUGGUGAUCGACACAAGGGAUGUACUGUAUCCAUAAACGCACGAUGGCAGAUCGAUAUGACAUCUCACCACAAGGCCCACGUUGUCUCCACCAAAUGUCCAACAUAUUCGAUAAGUUUUGCUAGAUGCUUAGCCUAGGCACGAUA